GAUCCCCAGCCACGGGGGUGGCCAUGGCAGCUGCGCGGCGGCAACGCAGGCUGCGGAGGAGCGCGCGCCCCGCUUUGAAUGAGCGGGGUUGGGACUGAACGGGCGCUCGGAGCGCGAGCUCCUGGAAGCCCCCGGCAGCGCGCCUGCGCGCGCCAGCUGUGUGUGCGCGCGCGCGCCCCGUAGCACUUCGGAGCCUCCGCCGGGCGGGGAGGGGGAGGGGCAGGUUUUGUUUCCCAUCAUGGCUAUCACACAGUUUCGAUUAUUUAAAGUUUGUACCUGCCUAGCAACUGUGUUCUCAUUCCUAAAGCGAUUAAUAUGCAGAUCUGGGAGAGGACGGAAAUUAAGUGGAGACCAGAUUACUUUACCAACUACAGUUGAUUACUCAUCAGUUCCUAAACAGACAGAUAUUGAAGAAUGGACUUCCUGGGAUGAAGAUGCGCCUACCAGCAUAAAGAUUGAAGGAGGGAAUGGGAAUGUGGCCGCACAGCAAAACUCAUUGGAACAACUGGAACCUGACUAUUUUAAGGACAUGACACCAACUAUAAGGAAAACUCAGAAAAUCAUUAUUAAGAAGAGAGAACCAUUAAAUUUUGGCACCCCAGAUGGUAGCACAGGUUUCUCUAGUAGAUUAGCAGCUACACAAGACAUACCUUUCAUUCACCAAUCUCCUGAGUUAGGUGACCUAGACACCUGGCAGGAAAAUACCAAUGCAUGGGAAGAAGAAGAAGACGCCGCCUGGCAAGCAGAGGAAGUCCUGAGACAGCAGAAGAUAGCAGAUAGAGAAAAAAGAGCUGCAGAACAACAAAGGAAGAAAAUGGAAAAAGAAGCCCAGCGGCUAAUGAAGAAGGAACAGAACAAAAUUGGUGUGAAACUUUCGUAACAAAUGUUCUUCACAUGUCAUAGUGCCAGUAGAAGAAUCAUGAGUUCCACAACACAAGCACCAUUUCUAUGAAUUCAAGAGUAUUUCAAGAUUACAACACACUGCUAGAUUCUAAUGUAUUCAUCAACCAUCUGGGACACCAGGAUUCUCUCCAAGUGUCUUGAACUCUUAAGUGAUUGAGAUGCAAGAGAACAACAAAGACUAUGAGAUAUUUUCUUCAACAUGCUCCAACUAUAAGACAACUGUUUGCUGUAGAAAAUUUAUUAUUACAAGUGGAAUAUACCAGUACCUCUUCAUGCUAGUGUUUCUAGCUAUAUAAAUGGGUGUAAAUAAUUUAUGGUGGGAAAAGAACUCUUCUGUCUAUACAAUGCUUUCUUCAAUGUGCAUUACAACAAAAUAAAUCAUUUAAAAAUAUG